AUGGAGCAUCUAAGCCCCAGCAGCACAAGCGGCGCAAGCAAUACCACUCCCAAACGCCGACCCCGAAAACCUCUCAACUGCGACCCCUGCCGCCACUCCAAACUCAAAUGCGACAGACAACUCCCCUGCAACACGUGUCUCAAGCGCGGAUGGCAGGAUUCCUGCGCUUAUGGGUCUAAUUUUACGGGCCCAAGAGGGAGGAGACGGAAUAGACCUUCUCAUGUUGUGGCGGAGCCGAGGUUGGAUAAUAUUGUUGCUGAACCGAUACCUGUUCAAGCUUCGGAGACGAGUCAGACUCCAGAGCCGAUUCAGGAACGAUGGGAUUGUAUUCUCAGAAGGCCUGAUGUAGAGAGGAGACCUGUUGGGAAUGCGACUGAUGCGCAGAGACCGACUGUUACGUUAUCGCUUGGGCCGAAUGUCCCGAUUGAAGAUCUGUUGGCGAUGCUUCCUCCCCCUUCAGUGACAGAGUACCUAGUCGUCCGAUACUUUGGCACGCUAUGUUCUAUCUUCCACAUCAUCCAUGGCCCAACCUUCCAAAAGCAAUUCCUAGCAUUCACCGAAGCACCAGAGAAGACAAGUCUAUCCUGGCUAGCGCUGCUCUUCGCAAUCAUGUCUCUCACACUCGAGACCCUCAAGACUGAUGAUGCCGGCUUGAACCUUCUUUGGCAAGAUCCAAGCGUUCCUCGAGACUUGCUUGCGUUGUCGCAGAAGUUCCGAAAUGCUGCUAUGAUGUCACUUUCACAAGAUCAGUUCCUGAUUCGUCACGAUCUUGACACACUUGAAGCUCUGCUAAUUCUGGUCUACACUAUUUCUCACAACGAGGGACCAGAGUAUACCUGGGCGCUUCUGGGCAGCGCUUUGAACAUCGCUACGGCUUUGCGUUGUCAUACUGGCCAACCGAUAGCGAAUUAUAUCGAACGAGAACGACAUAGACGCUGUUGGGCUGGUAUUCUGAUCAUUCAUACUGACCAGGCGCUGUGCUUCCGCGAUAUCGACUUGACGUACCUGCUGAAAAUGACAGCUGCGAUGCCAGCGUGGGUAAACGACAGCGAAAUCCACGAUCACGGCAUCACAGAAGCGCCACCAACACAAUCCAAGUUCACCGACAUGACCCUUAUAAAAUUCCAAGUCCGGCUCUUUCAGCUGUCCACUCAGAUCUGCUCGCACAUCUCCAGCCCGGAAAAGUUCAACGAACAACUGCUUCUUCAAUACGAUACCGCAGUCUCCGAAGAGCAACAAGAAUGGGAUACAGUCUACCUCAUAAAUGGCUCACGCAGUAUUUUGGAUACUGAAGGUUACGUCCACUGGUGCACCCUCCAAACCUACGCCCACCAACUCUACCUCCUCCUCCACCGCCCCUUCCACAGUUCAAAGUCGACACACUUCCGCGCUGAAUCACGCGACAAGUGUAUAAAAUCCGGCUUAGCACUUCUCGACAUUCAUCACCAGUUUUUCGAACUUCCACGUCUUAAAUGCUAUCGCUGGCUUGUCAAGGGCGCUAUAAGUUGUAAUUCCUUGCACGGUGCUGUGGCGUUGACGUCGUGUAUGCUUGAUAUGCCGGAGAGUUCGGAUUUGACCGGGCAUAUUAGUGCUAUUGAUGCUGCUGUUACGAGGAUGGAGGCGCUGAAGAUGAAGAGUCCUGCUUGUUCGAACGUUUAUCGGGUUCUGAGAUGUCUAAGGUCUUAUUUGAAGAAGCGCGAACCUGAGCCAACGGUUUUACCAGAGGAUGUUGAACUUCGAUUUGAGGACUGGGCGAAUAACGUUGAUUGGUUCAGACCCGAUACAAUUGACUGGGUUCUUUGGGAUCAAUACAUCACGCCUCAGAGCGACUAUCCGCAGAGUAUUAUGACUUGA